UUUCGCAUUUUGCUUUCAGACACUACGAUGACGUCGGUCUUGGACCUCGCGCUGGACGCGGACAGCUACAUUGCGCUCCUCUCCAAGUUUAUGGAUGUCGCCGAACAUGUCCAGAACGCCCCGAGUCUCGGUUUGAUUCCCAAGGAAGACUUGAUCUCGGACAUCGUGCUGGACGAAUUGAGCCCGUAUCUCAAGCAGAACGGCGGCGUCAUUGAGGCCCAGCGCAUUGCGUUCCACGAAGGCCGCGGCCACUUGAUCCUCCAGUACCCCGGCGCCACCAAGCCGGAGGAAACCAUCAACUUUGUGGGCAUGCACAUGGACGUCGUGCCCGCCAACCCGGAAGGCUGGGAGCGCGACCCGUUCAAGCUCACGGUCGAAGGCGACAAGCUCUACGGGCGCGGCACGACCGACUGCCUCGGCCACGUCGCACUCGUCACGCAACUCUUCCUCGAGCUGGCCAAGAACGAGGUUGUGACCGACAAGACGAUCUCGGCGGUCUUGAUCGUCUCGGAGGAGAACGGCGACAUCGCCGGCGUCGGCGUCGAGACGCUCAUGGCCUCCGGUGCCAUCGAUUUCCUCAAGAACGGCCCGGUCUUGUGGGUCGACUGCUCGGACAGCCAGCCGUGCAUUGGCACGGCGGGGUCGCUCACAUGGACGCUCAAGGCGACCGGCAAGCUCUUCCACAGCGGCCUGCCCCAUCUCGGCAUGAACGCCCUCGAGAUGGCAAUGGACGCAGUGAACGAGCUCCAGAAGCGCUUUUACGCAGACUUUCCCCAGCACGAGAGCGAGAUCCCGUACAACUUUGCAUGCGCGUCGACGAUGAAGCCGACGCAGGUCGAAGGCUCAACGAAUGGCGUCAACCAGAUCCCGCCGUGGUGCAAGGUCUCGGGCGACGUGCGUCUCUCGCCCUUCUACGACAUGCAAGACCUCCGCGAGAAGCUCAGUAGCUACGUGGCCGAGAUGAACGAGGACAUCUCGGCGCUCGAAGGCCGUGGCCCGCACUCCAAGUACACGCUGCCCAAGGAAGACUUGGUCGGGAAGCUCGAGCUCACGCUGGGCGACCAUUCGAUUGAAGGCAUUGCGUGCGCGCUCGACUCGAUCGGCUUCCAGUCGUUCAGCGAAGCGACCAAGGCCGUCAAGGGCGAGUCCAACCCGUUUGCGAUCAUGGGGUCGCUCCCGCUGGUCCGCGACCUCCAGCGCGCGGGCUUGGACCUGACGCUCGCGGGCUUUGGCAAGAGCUCCGUCUACCACGGCGACAACGAGUUCUGCUCGUUGAGCGACAUGCAAGACGCCCUCCUCAUCCUCGGCCGCUUCAUCCACAACGUCGAUAGCGCGUAAAACCAUUUACAGACUCGU